CUUUCCAGACCUUCAUCAUACCUGCUUCACCUGCUGCCGCUGUGUCUGUGGUUUGAUGACGGAGCUUCACGUCGACCCCUCCCGACUCUGAAAGUCUGUCAAAGAUCGGCUCAGGUCAGUCUGAAGAUUCACCAUGAAGCAGCUCAGAGUCGCUCUGCUCGCCGUCAUCGUCUCAGGAUGCUGUGCACAGCUGGACGUCUGCGGCACCGCUCCUCUGAACACUCGGAUCGUCGGCGGUGAAGAUGCUGCAGCAGGAACGUGGCCGUGGCAGGCCAGUCUGCACAACAGCUUCGGACAUUUCUGUGGCGGUUCUUUGAUCAAUAACGAGUGGAUCCUGACUGCUGCUCACUGUUUCUCCAGCAACAGUCCUACAGGGUUCAUCGUCUACCUCGGACGUGACACCCAGCAGAGCCUGAACCCUAACGAGGUUUCUCGGACGCUGUCGCGGGUGAUCCGACAUGAGAACUACAGCUCCACCACCAACGACAAUGACAUCGCCCUGCUGCAGCUGUCCUCGUCCGUCGAGUUCAACAACUUCAUCCGACCCUGCUGCCUGGCAGCUGACGGCAGCGUCUUCCCGGGUGGAACGUCCUGCUGGGUCACCGGCUGGGGAGACAUCCGAAGUGGAGUUUCUCUUCCUUCGCCUCAGCGGCUGCAGGAAGUCAACGUUCCCAUCGUGACCAACAGCGACUGCAGCAACUCCUACGGUGGAAUCACCGACAACAUGAUCUGUGCCGGACUGACGGAGGGAGGGAAGGACUCCUGCCAGGGUGACUCCGGUGGUCCGCUGGUCAGUAAAAACGACUCCAUCUGGGUUCUGGCUGGCGUGGUGAGUUUUGGAAAUGGCUGUGCUGAGCCUAACUUCCCUGGAGUCUACGCCCGAGUGUCUCAGUACCAGUCGUGGAUCAACAGCUUCAUCGCCACCAACCGUCCGGGCUUCGUCUCCUUCCAGGCGGACUCUAGUUUGACCACCGGGGCGGCGCCGUUCGUCUCCAUGUCCCUGCUGCUGACCGUCCUGCCCGUCAUCUUCUCCGUCUUCGUCCUGUCAUGAGAGGUUUAUUGAAGCUGCACCGAUUUAACCAAAACCGUCUCUUGUUCACUUUAAGAUUCAUUUUUCUUAAAACAAGCUAAAAUUCUGCUCACGGAGUCAAAUAUUUCCUCCUUUCUUGUUCAUUUUGCAGUGCAUUUAUAAUUUUACAAGACAAAGGAAACUACUUUCCUUUAGCUGGAAUGUUUCUCUUUUUGUUUGUAAAAUGACUAAAACAGAUUAAAUUAAAUGUCAUGUAAUUUCCUAUUAGUUGAUAUUUAUUAAUUAAUAAAUUAAUUUGAAAGAGGUGAAAUAAUCUGAUCCCAUCAGCAGAACGUGAUGUUUUUAUUUAGUUAGUGUUGACUGGAAUUAAAUUAAGUACUUUUAAUGUGAAGGUGAAAUAUUAUAAAGCUAUGGACCCACCACUAUUAGAAUAAUCACAACCUUUUAUAGUGUUUAAUCAUACUAAAUAAAAAAUAGACCCAUAAAACUUCAAAAAAUGCAUCAAAAAUAAAAUUUAUGUCACAACCAAGUUCUUUUAUUCUGUUUUUGAUUAAAUUGGGCUGACUUGAUAAACAUACUAAUAUUCCAUCUAACAGUUAAUUUUAUUGUUUAUUUUUUUCAUUUUGUGCAACCCAAAAUAAAUAAAAGAUUAGUUGUGCAAUUAACUGAACUGUUAGAAACUACUUUUAAAUAUUUGAACACAGAAGAAAAUAUUUCAGUAUUGCAAGUAAAAGCAAAUUAUUAAAAUAGCAAUUAUUUAAAUUGUAAAUUAGUUUUACAUUUUAUUUUUUAUGUAUUUUUUGAGUUUUAAUAUUGAAUGUAUUGAUGAAUUUGCAAUUUAAGUCAAGAAUACGGAAACAGAAUUAGUUCAUUAUGAGUCUGGCUAUCUUUUUUAAAUAUUUAUUUUUAGCUGUGUGUUUUAUAUACAUUGUUUAAAUGUAAAUUAUGAAUACUUUGCUUUAAGAUUUUAAAGCAAAGUCUAUGAGCUCCUUAAAAUAAUGUUAAUUAAUUAGAGUUAUUUUAGCACUCUGCAGACUCCACAGAAGCCGUUUACAUGAACAGAUUCGACUGAACACCAUCAAUCAAAUCUUUGUACAAACUUUUGACUGUUUUUGUCCGGAAAAUCUCACGUAGCAUUUACCUGUAGAUUUAUUUUAUGAAGCACUUAUUAUAUAUCUUGGGCACUGAUGGAGCAAUGAAGAAGGAACUAUUUUAAUUUAUUUUAUGAACUUUAUUAAUCUGGUUGUAAUUGAUUACUUUGAUGUUUACUGUCUUCCACUGUUUGAACUGUGAUUCACUAUUUGAGUUCUGCACACAUGAACAAAUCAAAUAAUAUCUACAAUCAUUGACUUUAAUUGCACUGAUCUGUAGAUCCAUCUUGAAGUUAAAUAAAACCAAUAAAGCAUGUGGCACUUUGAAUGUAAA